CUCACAGUAGAGACGUCUCGUGGAUCUGGGUCAUUUUUUGCACUGAUUUCCACCAUUUACAGCAUGGACGUGCCAAACACAAGGAGGAUUGUCCUACUGGGAAAAACUGGAGUUGGAAAGAGCAGCCUGGCUAACACCAUACUGGGAGAGGCUAAAUUCAAAAUAAACAAUUUGAAUGAUUUGGAAACACAAUGUUCUCCUGCCGAGACCAAAACUAUCAAUGGAAGAAGCAUCGCUGUGAUCGACACUCCUGGUUUCUUUGACAUAGAGAGAUCUGAGAAACAUGAGAUAGUGAGGUGCAUCACAGAGUGCGCUCCUGGGCCUCAUGCUUUUCUCAUUGUGCUUAAAGUGGAGAAAUUCACAGAGCAGGAGAAGGCUGUCAUCACGCAAAUGUGUGAAUAUUUCCCUGAAGAUGCUCUAAACUAUGCUGUAAUUGUCUUCACUCAUGGCGACCAGCUCCCUGAAGGAAUGAAAAUGGAUCAGUAUGUCAAGCAAAGUGAGGGUUUGAGUGAUCUGGUGAAGAAGUGUGGAGGCCGAUGCCACGUCGUUGAUAAUAAAUACUGGAAGACCAACAAAGAGGACGAGUACAGAAGCAACCAGUUCCAGGUGGAAGAGCUGCUCAAGACCAUAGACAAGAUGGUGAUGAAAAACAACGGAAGAUACUACACGGAUGAAAAGCUACAAGAAGUGGAAAGGAAAAUACAGAAAGAGGAGGAGCGCAUUAGAAAGUCAUCAGAAAACUUGUCAGCGGAAGAGAUCAGGAAGCAGGCCAGAAGCAACGUCUUUAAGAAGCAGGUGAACAAUGGAGCCUGGGCAUGGAUUAGAAGUUUAGUGGCUUUUGCAGUUGUAGCUGGAUUACUUGCAACUGCCUCAGCUAUGUUGACCAAUUCAACAUUUUUUAGGGUAUUAAAGGAAGCACCACUAUUAAAUGAAGAAUUAACAGCAUCAGCACUGGCAGAUGUGGUGGAAGAACAAGCUGAGGCAGCAUUACAGUAGGACAGGUAUUUGAGUUUUUGGACAAACUUCACAAAUUGUUUGAAAGAAUAUACAAUCCUAAAAAUCCAUUUUAAUGAAUCAAAUAAAACAGCAGGUGUCUUAAAAGAGGUUCAAAAUGACAUAUGACAUGACAUGUUGCAAUCCUAAACAGCUCAUUUAAAGUACUAUCAUUUUUGCUGAACGUGUAAACCAAUGGUUCUCAACCAGCGGUCUGAGGACGCCCACUGGUCCUUGAAGGAGUUCCAUGGGUCCCCAGAAAAAUGGUAAAUAGAUUAUUUCAGCCUGUUCCCAUUCUGAAGUCAUCACAUACUGCUGCUUUGUCAGUGAUUUUGGCAUAUGACACUUGAAGCCAAACACCACCUUUUGUAGCGGUAUAAUGCUCCACCAGGCAACAUCAGUUUCACAUGCGGCCAGUUGGAACCUUUCCCAGUGCUGUGAUAUGCAACUGGUCAGCUGGACAGCAUCUUUUGCAGCAGGAUGAUACAUUGACAUGUGGCGUCAGUUCAUAACGCAGCUGGAUGCAACUCUAGCGGUGGUUUGAUACCCUGCUGUACGGCGACGGGUUGAAAUGCUGCCAGUAACAAGGAGCUGGAACAUCCCUGUAGGGUGGGUGGGAGUGGUGGUGGAUGUGUCCAACAAACCCCGGACUUUCACCCUGGAGCCCGGUGUACACUUCCUGAUUGGAUGUAGAGCUAAAACAUUUUUCUAAACCUGACCACAUGCUUUUGUUGCCUAAACCUAACUCUGUGCUGUUGUUGGUGUCCCACUGUUGGUUGCGGCGUCCCGGAAAGUCAACAGCAGACAAAGGAGGAUACCUAGCUCGUAAUAUGUAGACGUGAAAGGCCACUGACAAAGCUGCAAUAUGUGAUGACUUGAGAUGAGAACAUGUUGUUUAUUUUCAUUGUUUAAUUCACUCUAAAAGUGAGCUCAAUGUGAGAAAGAGUCAUAAGAGUAACUGUUGUGAUCAUAGGUUUCACUUCCUCCAUGGUUAUAAUCAACUGAAAAGAGAGCCCCUUUGAAGCACUGAGUGAAUAAGCAGUAAAUUGGGUAGCAAAAAAUAUUCAGACAAUGUAUUAGAAAUGUAAAUAUAUAUGUCUGGCACAUUCAGUUUGAUCACAACUCUAAAAUAAUUGCUGGGUCAUGGUGUUUGAAAGGGGCAUGUCAAUAACUGUACACUUGUAAUUAAGUUUACUCGUCUUAUGGAGCACUACUCAGACUGUAAAAACUGUUGUACAAUGUCUGCUGUAUAUAGAAGAGCUUUCGAAAAGUGUGAAAAAUAAUUGUUUUUGCUUGAUACUUAAAUGCUCGCAUUACAAACUGGAGGUGUGGGGUUUAAAGAUGUGGACAUUUAGAGGGCAAUGAGUGCCUUUACUGAAAGACUCAUGACUCAUACUGCAGACAAGAAGUCUGACAAUCUCUGUCUCUGCUUUGAUUUUUUUUAAAUCGGUCUCUUGUAAGUCCUCAAAACUUUAUAGAAGUGGAAUACUAAAUCAUGGAUGUACCCUUUCAUGGUGAUGAUUUUCUGUUUUCUCAAUAUAUUUUGUGUUAAUAUGUGUCACUUUGUCAUAAAUGAUUUAUGUAACAAUAAAACCUCUGACUG